AGAAAGCCAAAAAAAAAAAAUCGAGAGAGAAAGGUGUUUGUUUUGGUGAGAGAGAGAGACACGUGGCGUGAUAUGAGAGGUUGAGGUCACUCUCCGUUCUCCGGUUCUGUCUCUAGUUGCGGUGCGUGCCAUGUCAGAGUCCGUUCCCCUAUGAGCCCGGCGAAUCCGAAUCAUAUGCCUCUCUUCUCUCUCUCUCUCUCUACACAAAGACUUUCUCUCUCUUUAUUUAUUUAUCGUUUCGCGUGUCGCGUCUUAAUCUCUCUUCUCUCUCUCUCCCUUUCCUUUCGUAUCGUAACCUCUCUUCUCUCUCUCUCUCGUGGAGGCCGUGCCCUAGAAGCCUUUCCCCCCUUUUCUUCCGGUUCACUUCAAUCCCUAGCUUCCUUCGCCGGAUUUCUCCUCCCUUGAUCAUCGGACUAGUGUUUCUACUCCUUUCUCCGAUUCGUUGCUCUCAGAUUUGAAGACAAAGUUCUUUGAAGGCCAGUAUCUGUAGAUACUGUGUAGCUGUGAUUUACACAUGAAGGUCUAUCCAGUUCUUUAUCAGGCAGAUGGUAUGACUACAAAAAUAGAAGAUGAAAGAUUCAUGCAGUGAAAUGAUUAAUAGAGAUUGGGUCAUGAAGCAGAAACGAAGAAAACUUCCCUGUAUACUGGAUAUAUUAGACAAAAAAAUGGAUACUUCUGUGGCUGCUUUUGAUACUCCAGAAUACGCUUCUUCCGAUAAACCAACUAAGCAUCGGCUUAGUACUGAUUCAACUCCUGAAAGAACCUCCUCUAAAAGGAAGGGAAAUGAUGGGAAUUAUUUUGAAUGUGUUAUCUGUGACCUUGGUGGUGAUUUAUUGUGCUGUGAUAGUUGUCCUCGGACCUAUCAUACCGAAUGCCUCAAUCCGCCUCUUAAGCGUAUUCCAAAUGGCAAGUGGAUCUGCCCAAAGUGUUCCCAAAACAGCGAUGCGCUAAAGCCUGUAAAUCGACUAGAUGCCAUUGCAAAGCGAGCAAGAACGAAAACCACGAAAAGGAAUUCACAAGGCGGAACAAAGUGCGAGAGAGCUUCUCAGAUUUAUUGCAGUUCUAUAGUUUCUGGAGAACAGUCUUCAGAGAAAGGGAAAUCUGUUUCCGCUGAGGAGAGCAAAUCCAUAGGAAAGGAAGUUUAUUCCUCCCCGAUGGAUGGUUGUUCUGCUGAGGUUGGUCAUGCAUCUGUGGAUGACCGAGCCGGUUCCUCGUCUCAUGAAGAAGAUGAUCUUGGAAAACCUGUCAUACCCACUGCAGAUCCACCUUCCCGUGAAGAUCUCUCCGAGUCUAAGCUAUCAAAUACCGAAAAAGAUCAUGAAGCACCCGUGGAAAACAAGACAAUUGUUGAAGCGGAGAGUGGAAAAGGUAAAAGGAAAAAACGAAAGCGUGAACAUAAUGAUGGGGAAACUCUUAAAAAGUGCAAGACUGACAAGAAACGUGCAAAAAAAAGUUUGUCCAAAGUGGAUUCUCAGAAUACCAAAACAUCGGAGUCUUCGAAAAAGAAGAAAAAGAAAAACCGUGUGACGUUGAAAUCCUUGUCCAAAACCCCGCCCAAGGUGGAAAUACCAGAGAAAGUGAAGAAGCUUUCCAAGGAAGAACGUCGUUCAAUACGUGAUACAGAUAAAUCUUCCAGUUAUUUGGAUGACAAAAACUCUGUUCCUCCUGCGAACCUACAGGUGGAUCGUGUUUUAGGAUGUCGAAUUCAAGGUCCGAAUAAAACCUCGCUGUGUAGUGCUCUUUCAGAUGACUUGUGCUCUGAUAAUUUACCAGCUAAUGACCAGCGAGAUAGCUCAGUGCAAGAUACAAAUGCUGAAUUAGUUGUUGCCGAGGACAGAACAGAUUAUUCUUCUGAGACAGGUAAAAGUUCCAGGGAUUCACGCAUGAAGGAUAAAGAUAUGGAUGAAUCUGCUUUAGGUACUGAGGGUUUGGUUGAGGGGAAAGAAGAUAUGCUCUCAGAAGAUAGUUCUGAUGCCGAAUUAAGUAAACAUGUGGAUAAUGAAGAUAUAAAAGCUAGUGAAAUACCUGUCUCUGUUGAGGGGGAGUUACUUAAAGAUGCACAUAAGGAAUCGGGGAAAAAAUGCCCUGUGUCUGGGGAAGUAGUUGAGGAGCCUAUUGCCGCUAAAGUUUCAGAUCUUAAUGGAGAGACUGUGUCAUAUGAGUUUCUUGUUAAAUGGGUGGGAAAAUCUAAUAUCCAUAACAGUUGGAUUUCUGAGGCGGACCUCAAAGGUCUUGCUAAAAGAAAAUUAGAAAACUAUAAAGCAAAAUACGGAACAGCUCUAAUAAAUAUCUGUGAAGAUAAAUGGAAACAGCCUCAGCGAAUAAUUGCUCUCCGGGUUUCAAAAGAAGGUAACCAAGAAGCUUAUGUAAAAUGGACAGGUCUAGCUUAUGAUGAAUGCACAUGGGAGAGCUUGGAGGAGCCUAUUCUUAAGAAAUCACCCCAUUUGAUAGAUCUUUUUCAGCAGCAUGAGCAGAAAACAUUGGAAAAGGAUAUGACUAAGGGCAAUUCCCCAAGGUCAAGGAAUGAGGGUCAGCAAAGUGAAGUUAUUACCCUCACAGAACAACCUCAAGAGCUAAGUGGAGGCGCCUUAUUUCCCCAUCAGCUUGAGGCCUUGAAUUGGUUGCGUAGAUGCUGGCAUAAAUCGAAAAAUGUAAUACUUGCUGAUGAGAUGGGGCUUGGAAAAACAGUGUCUGCCAGUGCAUUUCUCUCCUCGCUUUAUUUUGAAUUUGGAGUUGCAAGACCUUGUUUGGUUUUGGUUCCGCUUUCAACAAUGCCAAAUUGGCUAUCCGAGUUUUCUCUUUGGGCUCCACUCCUUAAUGUUGUGGAGUAUCAUGGAGGCGCAAAAGCAAGAGCCAUUAUUCGAGACUAUGAGUGGCAUGCUAAGAAUUCUACUGGGACGACCAAGAAGAUGAUGCCUUACAAAUUUAAUGUCCUUUUAACUACUUAUGAAAUGGUUCUGGCCGACUCAUCUCAUUUACGUGGAGUUCCAUGGGAAGUUCUUGUGGUUGAUGAAGGGCAUCGUCUAAAGAAUUCAGAAAGUAAGCUGUUUAGCUUGCUCAACACAUUCUCUUUUCAACACCGUGUACUUUUGACUGGCACCCCUCUUCAAAAUAACAUUGGUGAGAUGUAUAAUCUGCUCAACUUCUUGCAACCAUCUUCAUUCCCUUCCUUGUCUUCUUUUGAGGAGAGGUUCCAUGAUCUGACAAGUGCUGAGAAAGUUGAGGAACUGAAGAAACUUGUUGCUCCUCAUAUGCUUCGCCGACUUAAAAAGGAUGCCAUGCAGAAUAUUCCUCCAAAGACAGAGAGGAUGGUCCCUGUUGAGUUGACAACAAUCCAAGCUGAAUAUUAUCGGGCAAUGCUAACUAAGAACUAUCAGAUACUACGAAAUAUCGGGAAAGGGGUAGCACAACAAUCAAUGCUUAACAUCGUGAUGCAGUUGAGAAAGGUGUGCAAUCACCCAUAUCUCAUACCCGGUACGGAGCCGGACUCUGGGUCAUUGGAGUUUCUUCAUGACAUGAGAAUAAAAGCAUCAGCCAAGUUGACUCUGUUGCACUCCAUGCUUAAGGUGCUUCACAAGGAAGGCCAUAGAGUUCUGAUAUUUUCACAGAUGACGAAGCUUCUAGACAUUCUGGAGGACUAUUUGAAUAUAGAAUUUGGGCCCAAAACAUUUGAGAGGGUGGAUGGUUCUGUUGCUGUAGCUGAUCGUCAGGCAGCUAUAGCACGAUUCAACCAAGACAAAAAUCGGUUUGUCUUUUUGUUAUCAACACGUGCAUGUGGUCUUGGUAUCAAUCUGGCAACGGCUGAUACUGUUAUUAUCUAUGACUCUGAUUUUAACCCUCACGCUGAUAUCCAAGCCAUGAAUAGAGCUCAUCGAAUUGGACAGUCCAAACGACUUUUGGUAUAUAGACUUGUCGUCCGUGCCAGUGUCGAAGAGCGUAUUUUGCAGCUGGCCAAGAAGAAGUUGAUGCUCGAUCAGCUUUUUGUAAACAAGUCCGGAUCUCAGAAGGAAUUUGAAGAUAUUCUGCGCUGGGGUACCGAAGAACUUUUCAGUGACUCUGCUGGUGAGAACAAGAAAGAUGCAUCUGAAAGUAAUGGCAACUUAGAUGUAAUCAUGGAUUUAGAAAGUAAGAACAGGAAAAAAGGUGGUGGCCUGGGAGAUGUUUACCAGGACAAAUGUACAGAUGGAAAUGGGAAGAUUGUUUGGGAUGAAACUGCAAUUAUGAAGUUGCUUGACCGGUCAAAUAUUCAAUCAGCCUCCACCGAUGGCGCUGAUACCGAGUUGGAGAAUGAUAUGCUCGGCUCCGUAAAGCCUGUGGAAUGGAAUGAGGAAACAGCUGAAGAACAAGUUGUUGCUGAAUCACCUGCUCUGGUGACUGAUGAUACUAAUGAACAUAGUUCAGAGAGGAAAGAAGAUGAUGUAGUUAAUUUUACGGAAGAAAAUGAAUGGGACAGGCUUCUGCGUAUGAGAUGGGAGAGAUAUCAGAGUGAGGAAGAAGCAGCGCUUGGUAGAGGGAAGCGUUUGAGAAAGGCUGUUUCGUACAGGGAAGCAUAUGCCCCACAUACAAGUGGAGCUGUUAUCGAGAGUGGUGGUGAAGAUGAGAAAGAACCAGAACCAGAAAAGGAUUAUACACCUGCAGGGCGAGCCUUAAAAGAAAAGUUUACGAAGCUGCGAGAAAGGCAAAAAAAUAGGCUUGCGAAAAGGAAUUCUGUUGAAGAUUCAAUUCCUAAUGGCAAUAUGGAUCAGGUGACUGAAGCAGCUAAUCAGGACAAAGAAAGCCCUGCAAUGAUGGAUUUGGACGAAGCUAGCCAACAAUUUGAUGCACAGAAAAGAAAAGAUACCUCACUAAGGCUAGACAGUCCUACAGCAGAUCUUCCAAGCCAACAUCAUCACGGCGGAGAAUGUCCGCCAUCUUUACCCCCAAACAACCUGCCAGUUCUUGGACUGUGUGCUCCUAAUUUUAAUCAAUCAGAACCAUCCCGGAGAAAUUAUUCUCGUCCAAGUAGUAGACACAGAACCAUAACAGGACCCCAUUUUCCUUUCAAUCUACCCCAGACAUUGAGCUCGGUCGAGAGGGAAGCAAACAACCAGGAGCCUUCUAUAGGUAAACUAAAACCACAUAAUGUAAAGGAGGAACCUUCUCAGCAGCCUCUUAGUAAUAUGGAUAGUUGGCUACCACUUCGUCCGUUUCCUCCGUCAGGGGAUUUUGAGCGUCCUCGAAGUUCUGGUGCUGCUUUUGCUGAUUUCCAGGAGAAGUUUCCGCUACUUAACCUACCAUUUGAUGAUAAGCUGCUUCCUCGAUUUCCAUUUCAACCGAGAACCAUGGGAACUUCACAUCAAGAAAUCAUGGCCAAUCUUUCGUUGAGGAAAAGAUUUGAAGGUACUGGUCAUUCUAUGCAAGACCUAUUUGCCGUACCACCAAUGCCGUUUCUACCAAAUAUGAAAGUCCCUCCUAUGGAUCCACCUGUAUUAAGCCAGCAAGAGAAGGAAUUACCGCCUUUGGGUUUGGAUCAAUUUCCAUCAGCUCUUUCAUCUAUCCCGGAGAACCAUCGGAAGGUGCUGGAGAAUAUAAUGUUAAGAACAGGUUCUGGAAUUGGGCACUUGCAGAAAAAGAAAACAAGAGUAGAUGCAUGGUCCGAGGAUGAACUAGAUUCUCUCUGGAUUGGGAUUCGCAGACAUGGGUAUGGAAACUGGGAGAGUAUUCUUAGAGAUCCAAGACUAAAAUUCUCUAAAUUUAAAACUCCGGAGUACUUGGCAGCGAGGUGGGAAGAAGAGCAGCGUAAAUUCUUGGAUAGCCUUUCUUCUCUUCCAUCUAAAUCAAGCAGGACAGAUAAGUCCACCAAAUCUCCAUUAUUUCCUGGCCUUCCUCAAGGUAUAAUGAACCGGGCUUUACAUGGAAAUAAAUAUGCCACUCCUCCAAGGUUCCAAUCCCAUCUCACAGACAUAAAGCUUGGAUUCAGCGACUUAGCAUCUACACUUCCGUUAUUUGAGCCAUCUGAUCACUUGGGAUUUCGAAAUGAGCCUUUUCCUCCUAUGGCAAAUCUGUGCACUGACAACCUCUCUGGGGAUCCUUCUGCUGGACCAUCUGAACGUUCAGGGACAUCAACAAAUAUUCCCAAUGAUAAGCCUUUUCCUCUCAACUCUCUUGGAAUGGGCAACUUAGGUUCAUUGGGUUUGGAUAGUUUAAGCUCCUUAAACGCACAGAGAACAGACGAAAAACGGGAUGCCAUCAAGCGCGGGAAACUACCUUUGUUUCUAGAUAUGCCGUUACCUCCAAUGCUUGAUUCAAGCAACAAUGUGUUCUUGGGAAGAUCAGCCAAUCCAUCUCUCAUUAAUCCAAACCGAGUGUUGAAUCUCUCCAAUCCGAUGGGGAAAGAUGUAUCGGGAUGCAGCUCUUCAGAGAACAAGCUACCUCAUUGGUUACGAGAUGCUGUAACUGUUCCCGCUGCAAAGUCACCUGAACCACCCACUCUACCUCCAACCGUGUCAGCUAUAGCUCAAUCAGUGCGUGUUUUAUAUGGUAAAGAUUCUACUACCAUUCCACCGUUUGUGAUACCAGAGCCGCCUCCUCCUGUUCCUAGAGAUCCAAGACACAGUCUGCGAAAGAAAAAGAAACGUAAAUCACAUCACUCGAGUCAAAUGACUACAGAGAUUGCUAGUAGCAGCCACAAUGUUGUAGAAAGCAGCUCUCAAGGCAAUCCAACAACAUCCUCAACUCCUCCUUUGCCUCCAACGUCUCUAUCAGGUGAAACUUCAGGGUCCUCUCAACCCAAUUUACUACCUAACAACAUGAACAUCACAGAACCAUCUUCCUCCGAGCCAAUCAGAUUACCACCAACUGAAGAAAAUUCUGCUGUAGCGGCAGGGACAUCUGAAGCACCAAAGCCAAGUCUAGAGGAAAUCACUGGUACGUCAAGACCAAUCUCACCAGAGAGAAAAAUCUCUGAACCGAAAUCUACCAACCAAGAUGGAGAGUCAGAUUUAGAAACCGGUGAGAAAAAUGAGGCUAGUGGACUUUCAAUUCAUUCAGAUGAUAAGCCUUUGGAUGUGAGACAAGAGGAACAAGAAUCUGAAAAUGCGUCAAACAAGCAAUGUGAACCCAUCGAGGCUGAAACUCCAUUAACUGUCGCAGAUUCAGAAGAAGAAGAAGAAGAAGAAAAAUCCAUGGAGAUGGUGACAGAUAAUUCUCCUGGUGACGAUUGAAGUCUUCAGUGAAAUUGCAUUGAAAUUACCAGUGUUUGCUUUGUUUAGGUCUUUGCAAUCAAAAGGGUACUAUAUGCUAUUAAGUUUUGUAGGUAUGACGCAAAUCGGAGAAGAAGCAGUAUAUGUAUUGGAACUUCCAUUUUUAUCUCUGGCUAAAAUUUUUUUGAUUGUAAAGCUUUGUGUAAGAGAAUGGAGAAGCUAUUUUAGUGA